UGGAAUUGAUUUGGGACUGGGAUUCAGUGAGUCGYCUCUCCAAACUAUAGCGACGCGAAACUUUGAAGCUCGCUCCAUUUUUUCCGGUUCUCUGUCGCCAUGGCGCUUCUGCGGCACUCCAUUUUAUGACUUGCAGUAGGCUCAUACCCAGCCGGUGUAACGGUGCCACUUAUAAUGGAACUUCCCGUAAUCAAUGGCUUUCACCCAUUGCUCCGUUCCUCCUUAUGCCCAUGCCCUUGUUCUUCAAUCCGUAGCCUCUUCUUUCACCGCAGGAAGAUGUUUCUCAGGUCAGCUGGAUAUCAAAAUUCCUACCCAUUGCUGCAUAUUACAGCGAAUGGUUCGUUAUCAAGUGCUGCCGUAAGGGCCACUAACGAGCAGGAUUUCUGGAAUGAUUGUGAGUUUGUGGAGGUGAUUGGCAUUGGCAGUAGAAAGGAAGCCGUACUUGAUUUUUGUCUCGAGUCGUCUCUCAGGAUUUCAUCUCUGCGAUUUUGGCAAAUUGUAACGAACGAUUCACUAAAAGUGCAACUAAUUCAGAGGUUCAUUGAUAAAGAUAAUACCCCAAGGAUGGUUGACGUUCCACUGUCACUACAAUCAUGUUCGAAGGCUGUUAUACUUGUUGUUAGUGCUGGAUAUGGUUUGGAUUACUCUGCAGCUGUUGAUAUUCUUAGAACCAUAAGAUCUGCAAAUGGAUUUACUGUUACAAUUGUCUUAAAACCUUUUAGCUUUGAAGGCCAAAGGCGCCAAGAUGAGGUUAAACAUUUGGUAGGAAGUCUAAAGGAGCACACGAGCUUCUUAAUUGAUAUUGACACCAAAAGACUACUUGAGAAGGACUUGGUGACUCUUGACGAGGCUGUGAGAUCUGCAAACAAUGCUGUCUUGUUGGCUAUAAAUUCAAUAUCCAUUAUCAAGUCUGAGACGUUAAUAAAGUUCAUAAAUGAACCUCAGAAUGAUCUGAAAGAGCUUGGUGCAAGAGAAGUCAUUGGAAUUUUGGAAAACCUUAAAGAAGGAAAGAUUGGAUUUGGAGCUGGUCACAACUUUCGAACUUCAAUCUUAAAGUCAAUUUACGACUGCCCUUUCCUCAAUGUGCAUUUAAAGGAGUUGAAAGGUGUAGUUUUAUGCAUCGUGGCAAGCUCGGGUAUUCUUGAUGACAACGAUAAAAGUACCUUGUUGAGAACUUUCCGUGAAGUCACUGCAUAUACUGGGAAAGUUAUAUUAUAUGUAAUUCAAGACCYAAAUCUGGAACCAAACUUUUUCAUGACAACUGUUCUUAUUGUUGGUUCAACAGAGCAGCAAUCUUCCAAAAGAAGUAGCAUUUUGUCUAGAUUGGCCCAGCGUUUUCCUUUGGUUUUUAAGCUUUUAUGGAAACCUCAAGAGCCAUUGGAGGAAGCUGAAGAAAGUGAUAUGCUUGAAAAUGCAAAUCCUUCCGAUGUAAGAGAGUCAUUAGGCCCUGAUGCAGCCAUAACUAAAAUUGCUUCAGUGGGAGUGGAUGAAGGUUUUUAUUAUGGCACAGAACCUGAAAAUCUCCAGACAACAUUCAACUGCAGUGAUGAAUUAUACAGUUCAAGUGAUUUUGAGCAACCUGAGGCUGGACUGUUAGAAACUGAUGUGAAUUCUUUGCCUUUUAGCAAUACAAUUAGUAGAGGAAAUUCUUUCCGCAGAGACCCACUAAACAGAUGGAAUUUGGGUCCGGGACAUCAGAUUGCACAGCAGUGGGCCAGAGAAAGAGCUGCUGAUGCUGAAUUGGCUUCUGCACUUGAUAAUAUAAGCAUAUUUGACCUGCCAGUUGGGGUGAGACCUUCAGAAGAGCAAAAAGAUAAAGCCACUCCAAAUCCGGACAUGAAAUAUGAGAAGAAAUCUAAAGCUUCAAUUGCUACUUCUAGAUUUUCUUCUCGGAAUUCAUUGACUGAUGCAAGUUUAGAAGUGAUUAAGGAAUUUUAUGAUACCUCAUCUACAUUUUUAAAAGGGAAAUCUGCUGACGUUCCGAAGAAGCAAGGACUUUUAUCUGUUCGUGCAGCAUCGAUGCUGGAAGCCGAGCGAGAUUCCCCAAAAAAGUGGAAUCCUGUUAUGGAGUUGCAGUACAGAGGCGGUGUUUACAGGGGACGUUGCCAAGGAGGUCUUCCAGAAGGGAAGGGCCGUCUAGUUCUUCAAGAUGGGAGCAUAUAUGAUGGUAUGUGGCGCUAUGGUAUGAGAUCAGGUCAAGGUACAGUCUACUUCAACAAUGGAGAUAUGUUUCAGGGAUCAUGGAGGGAUGAUGUUAUGAAUGGAAAGGGCUGGUUUUAUUUUCAUACAGGGGACCGUUGGUUUGCAAACUUCUGGAAGGGAAAGGCUUAUGGAGAAGGUCGCUUCUACUCAAAGUCAGGUGACGUCAUAUUCGGACAUUUCCAAGAUGGAUGGCGUCAUGGUGACUUUCUUUGCAUAAACGUUGACGGUUCAAGAUAUAUAGAAGUUUGGAAUGAAGGGUAUCUUCUGGGGCGUGAGAAGUUGGACUCAGGUCCUGAUUCUGCGUAAAKAAUAAGAUCUCGUCUCAGUUUUGUGAUCGUUGUGAGGUGUUUCACAAAUUGUGAUUGUAUAUUCUGUAGAUUCUGUAUUAAUUAAACCUUAAUAGAGUUGUAUGUAGGAUUUCUUUGGCACAAUCGUACACAUGAUGAAUUAUGUGUACACUGUUGCAAUUUAACUUGAUAAAUUUAAGCAGUUUUUUCAGGCUUCUGAGAAUGA